UCGUCUUCUUCUUCUUCUUCUUCUUCUUCUUCCUAACCGAGAGAGAGAGAGAGAGCAAAUACUCUUCUUUUACUCGUCGUCUUCUUCUUCUUCCUAACCGAACCGAACCGAGAGAGAGAGAGAGAGAGAGCGAGAGCAAUGGUGACUUUCGAUCUCAAUCUCAUACCAGAAGAUGAAGAAGAGAUGGAUCCAAUCAAAUGCUUACCUUUCUGCAAAGCUGUUGGUUUCAGAUUCCAACCUACAGAUCAAGAGCUAAUUCUUGGCUAUCUCCAACCCUAUUCAGAAGGAAAAGCUUUACCAAAGAACAAGAUUCAUCACCAGAACAUCUAUGGCUUCCACCCAGUUCAAUUAUAUUAUCAGUGAACUUCGAGAGACCUUUUAUUCUUCUCAAGUCGUAAUACUUCUGAAAGGGUUUCAAGAACAGCCCAAGGUGGUUUCUGGCAUUCCAGUACAGGACGGAAAGAUGUGUUUCUCGGCAAAGGCUGUGAUAGGGAAAAAGCAACAUUUCACUUUUUUCAACGGGAAACUCCUCAACGGCAAGCCACACACCCAAAGACGGCAAAACAACGUGGCUUAUGGGGAUGCCAAAAAGUCAACUACCACGCCGCUGAUGGAAGUUGAUUCAAGCAUAGACAUUGUUAACUCAAGCAGCAAUACUAAGGAGGAGCAAAAGAGGCAUUGUGUAUUGUCAAGGAUUUAUAAGUCUGACCCUGUCGAAAACCAAACUGAGGAUUAUGCGUUACUCAUAAAGCAACAACAAGAGAUGGCCAUCAAAGAUGAGGAGUUUUGGCAAGAGAUGCGCAAUGAGAAAGAACAGUGAAACCCUUACUUGUAAGUAUGAGACUUGUAGAGUCAAAGACCAGAAGACUAGAAAUAGCGGUGUGGAAAGCAUACGGGGGGGGGACUCUUGAGCUAUCUGCAGUUACUUGUUUUGUCUCUUUAAUGCAAAAAAAAAAAGUUGAAUUUGUUACAUGUAGAUAAUGAUAAUGAUGUGAGAUCAGAAUUAAUAAAAAAAAAAAUACUAUCAAGUGAGUGAUGCAUUUCGGCAGAGUCUAGUACAAAUCAUGUUUGAUGGGAAUCUAAAAAAAGUGUAAAUAAUUUUAACUAAACAACCCUAG